UUUUUUUUCUUUCUUUUUUUGUGGUUUUUUUUUGUGAGUUUCCAGCCUUACUCUUUACCUGUACAAAAAAUCCUUCCUCCUCAAACAAUUGAUAAUAAUGGAUCAAUUCGCCGCUCAACAACAGCAAGGUUCACCUUCUGUCACAUCCCAGUCUGCAACACCCACUAAUAACGCAGCCGCUGGUGACAACGCUUCUUUAUCUGCAAACACUACUGCAGCAUCAGCUGGUCCCGCCUUCCAACCCGAUGAGAAUUCUAAGACGCUUUAUGUUGGUAACUUGGAUCAAACCGUAAAUGAGGCAUACUUGCAGGAGAUAUUUUCACAGGCCGGUGGAGUUGUCGAGAGCGUCAAGAUUAUCCGUGAUAACAAAUAUGCGCACCAAGGUGGUCUGAACUACGGAUUUGUCGAAUUUUCUGAUCAUGCUGCUGCUGAGAUCGCUCUGCAGACUAUGAACGGGCGCCGUGUAUGCCUCCAGGAGCUCAAAGUUAACUGGGCAUUCACUGGACAAGUCGCCGGCAAAGAAGAUACUACAACCCAUUAUCACAUUUUCAUUGGAGACCUCAGCCCCGAAAUCAAUGAUGAGAUGCUAAGCAAUACUUUUAGUGUCUUUGGCUCAAUGACUGAUGCUCGUGUCAUGUGGGAUCCUAAUUCGGGCAAGUCCCGUGGCUAUGGAUUUGCUGCCUUCAAGGAUCGUCUUGAUGCCGAGCGUGCCAUCAUGUCUAUGAAUGGCCAGGUCCUCGGAAACAGGGCUAUUCGAUGCAACUGGGCUAGUCAGCGUGGUGUCCCUGGACCUACUUUCCAUCAAUCAGGAGGCCACCAUCACGGAAACUCGUUCAAGUCAGUUUCCAGCCAGGCUGCUCCAUUUAACACGACAGUCUAUGUUGGAAACCUACCGCCCCAUACGACUCAGGAGGACUUGAUCCCCUUUUUCCAACCAUUCGGCAUGGUGGUUGACAUUAGAUUGCAGGUAGACCGUGGAUUUGCUUUUGUUAAGCUUGAUUCACAUGACAAGGCAGCCAAUGCCAUCGUUCGCCUUUCAGGCACCAUGAUCAAUGGCCGUCCUGCCAAGUUGUCUUGGGGUAAGGACCGUUCCGUUGAGAAUGCUACACGUGGCAAUCAUUACGGCUAUUACAAUAAUAAUGCUGGAUAUUCCAUGGGUGGUGGCCACCAAAACAAUAGUGGCUACCCUUACCAGUACAACAACCAUAAUAACCAUCAUAAUAAUCAUUAUGGUGGUGGUGGACAGGGCUAUGGACGCAAUGGACCUCAUAACCACCACCAUCAUCACAAUCAGCAUCACCAACAUCAUAACGGCCAUCACAUAAACAGCCAUCAUAACCAGCAACAUGCCUUUCACCACCAACAGCAAGUUGGAUUAGACGGCGCAGGAUCAUCGGCUUUGGCUGCAGGCAGCUCUGGUCUUCCUCCUGCGAAUAUGGCCGUCGGCAGCAGUGGUGGCAACAAUGGCGGCAUGAGCCAGGAUGCUUACGAUCAGUUCACAUCCUAUGACAACAAUGGAGGUUCGAGAUAAAAAAAGAAAAAGAAAAAAACGAAGUAGUAGAAGAGUAGGUUCUAGGCAACAAAGAGGGUCCGAUCACAUUAGCGAUUGUUGAGAACAGAAACGAUAGCUCAUAUAAACAUUCCUUUUUAGACUUUUUGGCACCCUUGGAGUUAUAAUAGCCACCACAUGUUUAUUUACAAACUAUUUAAGAAUCCCACUAUAUAAUACCAUGCGUUAGGAGUAUAGAUAAAAAUGAACAUCCAGGCGAAUGCAACAAAGGCAAAAGAAAAAACUCAUUUAUAAGCAAAAGCAUAAGCAUCGAUCAUAAU